AUGGCUCUUAAGCGUAUCCAAAAAGAGCUCUUGGACCUGGUUCAUGACCCUCCAGCCCACUGCUCUGCAGGCCUUGUCGGAGAAGAUCUAUUUCACUGGCAGGCAACUAUAAUGGGGCCUGAAGACAGCCCCUAUCAAGGAGGGGUCUUUUUCCUGGUCAUUCAUUUCCCAUGGGAUUACCCAUUCAAACCACCCAAGAUUGCAUUCACCACACGAAUUUACCAUCCGAAUAUCAACAGAAAAGGAAGCAUCUGUCUUGACAUGCUGGGAUCUGAGUGGUCACCCGCACUGACAAUUUCUCAAGUUCUCCUGUCUGUAUGUGCCCUCUUGUGUCAUCCGAACCUAGAUGAUCCAUUGGUUCCUGAAAUCGCGAAAGUCUACUGCAUGGACAAGACAAAGUAUGAUAGACUGGCUAGAGAGUGGACUGAGAAAUUUGCUAUGUGA